AAGAAACCGCGACCUUUGGUAUUCUCAUCUCCGUCGCUGUCCCCGCGCCAAGGGUUAAUUGCUCGCCGACUAUUACACAAUUGUGAAUUAUCGUUGGACGAUACUCGUGACCAUCGAAAUCCGCUUCCGCGAUAAAUAUCGCAGACCCCUUAUCGUUUGGUGAAAUAAAUUUCUGAUCGCUUAUGUGCUUCGAUUCGCGUUCGUCGAAGCGGCUGUACGCGCGCCAAGGUUUAAUUAAAUAAUUAGAAAUGCUCGAUUGCGCAAUCGAGAGAUGCAUCGAUCUGUUUAAAAAUACUGGCGAUUUCACAAUUAUCACAAUGCGCAACAAGUCAAAGUAUACAUACCGAAGAGGAUGGAAUUGGAAACCAGCGAUCAGAAUUUUUAGAAAAGAUUGGGUCCCCAAGGAACCUCCCCUCAGAGACGGAGCUCCUUUGGACAGUUUGUCUGGUAAAUCCCCGUUUGAAAGGGUCCAUCGCGUGAAAAAAUCAUGGUCCAGGAGCUUUCGAGAGUCGAGUAUAUCUUGGUCGUCGCGAUGCACUUGUAAUAUCGUUCCCCAGACGGUUUUCUCUGCUGGUCCACCGCCGAUACGCGCGUUGUGUUUGCUAUCCGUUGUACCGACCAUAAUUUCGCCGGCAGCUAGCCACUCGGGACUCGUCCUUUUUGCUGCACCGAAGCCUGGCUUCUGUCCGGCGCCGAUGGUACUUCGACGGAUCGUUGGGAGUCUAUUUGUGUUCUGACUUGGUUUUAAUACAGCCACCCGUGCAACGUAACCGCCCCGAUGUACUUUUACGACACACGAGAUAUGCCCUGUUAUGGGGGCCACUUCUUCGCUUCCGGUGGAGGAAACCUGUCGGUUGAAAGUAAUCGUGG